AUGGCAGGUCGUGGAAAAACUCUUGGAUCCGGCGUCGCUAAGAAGUCGACUUCGAGGAGCAGCAAAGCCGGUCUCCAGUUCCCCGUCGGUCGUAUCGCCAGAUUUCUGAAGAACGGCAAAUACGCCACCCGCGUUGGUGCCGGAGCUCCGGUCUACUUAGCCGCCGUCCUCGAAUACCUCGCCGCCGAGGUUCUGGAAUUGGCCGGAAACGCAGCGAGAGACAACAAGAAGACCAGAAUCGUGCCACGUCACAUUCAAUUGGCGGUGAGAAACGACGAGGAACUGAGCAAGCUGCUCGGUGAUGUGACCAUUGCUAACGGUGGCGUCAUGCCCAACAUUCACAGCCUUCUUCUUCCUAAGAAGGCCGGUGCUGCCUCCAAGCCUUCCGCUGAUGACGAUUAG